UUUUUGUUUAAUCAGUAUUAAUUUAAUCUGAAUCUAAACUCAAUGUAACCCAAAGUGUUUGUCACCAAUCGUACUGAACUGUCAUUCACGAUUUAAUAUAAAUAUUAAAUGCUCAAAAAAUAUUUACCUUCAUUGAAUUGACAUAGUCAUAAACUAUUAAAAUGUCCAUAACAUAUAAUUUUGCUGGUAAAGUGGCCCUGAUCACUGGGUCAAGUUCGGGCAUCGGUGCGGCCACAGCCAUACUGUUUGCCAAAUCGGGAGCAAAUGUUGUGAUCACCGGUCGGAACGCCGAGCGAGUGUCAGAAGUGGCCAAACAGUGUCGGGAAGUGUCACCCAAUGGAUUGAAAGCACUGGAAGUGGUGGCAGACGUGACCAGUGAUAAGGAUCUUCAGCGACUGGUGGACACAACUAUCAAGACUUUUGGCAAAAUAGAUGUUUUGGUCAAUAACGCGGGUAUAGCCCGUGGGAGCAAACUUGAAGACAAAGAUUACAUCGAUGUCUACAAAAAUAUAAUGAAAGCAAACUUGGAUUCCGUUGUCUUUUUAACACAUAUUUGUGUCAAACAUUUGGAGAAAACUAAUGGAAAUAUUAUUAAUAUAUCGAGUAUUGCCGGCAUUCAAACGGCACAACAAUAUUCAGCGUAUUGUAUGUCAAAGUCAGCGCUGGAUAUGUUUACCAAAUGUAUUGCCGCAGAGUUGGGACCCAAAGGCAUACGCGUUAACAGUGUUAAUCCGGGUGUCGUCAAAACCAACAUAAUGGUAGCGGCGGGUGUAUCGGAGACCGAGUGCGAUAAGGCUAACGAGAUGUACGGCCGACUCUACCCAAUCGGUCGGUACGGCGAGUCGCCAGACAUCGCACACGCGGUCCUGUAUUUGGCUUCAGACGAGUCCUCAUUCAUCACGGGUACAGUCCUGGUGGCCGACGGCGGACAUCUGGCCGCUAAUGUUAACAUUUUUGAUUGAUUAAUUAGCAUCUUGCUAUUUUAUAAAAAAUAUUAAAACAAAAAUAUUUAAUUAAAUCAAAACAUGACCAGGUAUGAUUGUUGAAUAAACAUAUAAAACAAUACUU